AUGGUCACUGUUUCUGCAAGCCGAACAUUUGCGGCCAAAAGUGUUCUGCUUGCCGAGAGGGAUACUUCAAUCUGGAGAGCGGUAAUUACUUUGGCUGUAAAGGAUGCCAUUGUGACAUCGGGGGAUCCGUUGGUCCUUUGUGCGAGGAGACGACGGGAUCUUGUCAGUGCAGAAACAAUAUUGGGGGACCUGCGUGUUCUGACCUGUAAUUGCAAUGGCCACGCCUAUGACUGCUAUUAUGACCCAGACAUCGAGCAUCAGAAAGCCAGCAAGAAUCGUUAUGACCAGUUUGAAGGAGGAGGGGUCUGCAUUGACUGUCAGCAUCAUACAACGGGCGUUAACUGUGAGAGGUGCAGUCCGGGAUAUUAUAAAUCCCCUGAUCAUUCCCUAGAUUCACCUUAUAUUUGCUACCGCUGCAACUGUGACUCAGUCUUCACCGAUGGCACUUGUGAGGAUUUCACUGGCCGCUGCUACUGCAAGCCAAACUACUCAGGAGAACAUUGUGAUGCUUGCGCAGACAAUUACGUGGACUUCCCCCAUUGCUACCCGAUCUCGGUUUUAUCUUACAAUGCUACCGGAGAACAGGUCCUUCCAGCUGGGCAGAUAAUAAAUUGUGACUGCAACGUGGCUGGAACAAGAGGCAACACCUGCAGGAAAGAUGCUGAGGCUGGUUUGUGUUUGUGUAAACCGAACUUCCAAGGGACGCAAUGUGAUCAGUGUGUACCUGGCUACUAUGGACCAAAUUGCCAACCUUGCCAGUGCUCGGGUCCUGGAUUCUACGAAGGCAGCUGCGACAAUGAAACUGGACAAUGUCUGUGCCGAAUUGGAUUUCAAGGCUACUUAUGCAACUCGUGUGUUCCUGGCUAUUUCAACUACCCACUCUGUCAACUUUGUGGUUGCAGUGCUAUUGGGACCUUGCCCGACGGCUGUGAUGCUUCCGGAAAAUGCCACUGCAGACCUGAAUACGGCGGACUUCAUUGUGAUCAGUGCAGUUUUGGAUAUCAUUCCUACCCUCACUGCCAAGCUUGUUCGUGUGACCUUCGGGGCUCGGUGGACAGCAAUUGCAACUCCAUUGGUCAAUGCAACUGCCAUUCAAAUUAUGUCGGUCAAAGGUGCACCCACUGUGCCCCAGGCUUCUAUGGCUUUCCUUCUUGCACAGUUUAA